GCUUCCGGAGGGGGCGGGGCGGGACCCGGGGAACAUGGCGAAGACCUACGAUUACCUCUUCAAGCUGCUGCUGAUCGGGGACUCGGGCGUAGGCAAGACGUGCGCGCUCUUCCGCUUUUCCGAGGAUGCGUUCAACGCCACCUUCAUCUCCACCAUCGGCAUCGACUUCAAAAUCAGGACCAUCGAGCUGGAGGGGAAGAGGAUCAAGCUGCAGAUCUGGGACACUGCCGGCCAGGAGCGGUUUCGAACGAUCACCACGGCCUACUACAGAGGAGCCAUGGGCAUCAUGUUAGUGUAUGACAUCACCAAUGAAAAAUCAUUUGAAAAUAUUCGGAAUUGGGUCCGGAAUAUCGAAGAGCAUGCAUCCCCAGAUGUUGAAAAGAUGAUUCUUGGAAACAAAUGUGAUGCAAAUGACAAAAGACAGGUUUCCAGAGAGCAAGGAGAGAAGCUUGCUGCCAGUUUUGGAAUUAAGUUCAUGGAAACCAGCGCAAAAGCAAAUAUUAAUAUAGAAAAUGCUUUUUUCACUCUUGCAAGAGAUAUCAAAGCAAAAAUGGACAAGAAAUUGAGAAAUAUACUUCCUGGAAUUAACUGUUUUACCAAGGAAACUCAUUGGUGCAAGCCCCAAGCCAACACUAACCUGAAAGGUAAAACACUCCUGAGAAGAGUUGGUGUGUGCAUUUUGUGUGAAGAAAUGCAGUAAGAAGUGUCUGCUGCAUACCGAAGGAAAGGAAAAGUGAAGUCGGCAGAGAUCCACAGGGAGCAGAAAAAUGAACAGGCUCAGCUCCCUUGCUGCUGCUACUCAGUUACUAUGAGGAAAAAAUUUUUUUCUUCAUUCUGCCUUUCAAAAGUAUGGUGCAUAUCUUGAUCCGGGGUGUGUUGUAAGCGAGAAAAAUAUGGCAUAUGAAAACUUAUGUGUGUUGGAUGUAACUUUUAUAAAUGUCUUCAGUUUUCUUCUUGUUUGAGAGUCAGAAAUGUUUAAGUAAGGUUGGAGGGUUGUUAUAGCCAUGAUGGUCCAAGUGAAUAUGUGAAAAGAGAGGUGUUUUUGGUGGUGUGUUGUUUGUUUGUUUGGUUGGGUUUAAUUUUUUUUUUUUUUUUUUUUAAAUAUAUACCCCUUUUACUGGGCGAACUGGGUAGUUGGGAGAUGCAAGGACUCCAUUUACAGUGAGACCAAUCACUAUCAUGAGCGACUGGUGCUGCCUGAGUCAGGAGGGGUGUGUACCCCCCCUGAGACCAGUCCUGCUGACCGGGUGAGGUCCCCCAUGGGCAAUCCUCCUGGAAGCGGCCACAGCAAUCAUAGUGAUUGGCUGGCGCUUGCAGGGGGGGCACCAGCGCUCCCGCCUGCCCCCCCUAACCAUCACCUAAGAGGCGAGCGUGGCCAGUCAGGGGGCACUCUCAGGGGGUGCAUGUGCACCCCCUACACAUCGCCACUGAUCACUAUGCUUGGGAUCAGGAAGGAAUUUUACCCCAUGGUUAGAUUGGUAUGGACUGUGGAGGUUUUUAUCUAGUUUGAGUAUUAGCCCUUAAAACUGUCUGAAUUAAAUAAUUUUUAUAUGUGAUUAUAAGCUUAAUUUGCAAAAUAAAUAUCAUCUUCAUGAUGGACUGUAGGAUUAGCACAUUCUUUAGUGUGCCACCCUAGUCAACAGAACAGCAUGUCGGAUCAGGACUAUGGGAAAUUCUUAGCCUACACUGUAGCAUUUUUUGGUAUUUUAGCAAUAAAUAGCAGUUGGCACCUAGUACUGAAAUAUGCAGUUUAGCAUAUGUCACAAAGAAAGAACUAAACUCCUUAAAAAUUGUUAUGUAUAUCAUUCAUUUACAUGCUCUUUCUGAUUCAAGGUCCAAGUACGACAUGUAAAACAUUUUAUUACUUGUAAAUAAAUGUAAAUGCACGGGUUUUAUGCCCCUCA